AAAGUGGAGUCGUUGUUGUCAACCUCGUCCUCGCCGCCAAAGUGCAAAAAUUGGUGUUGUCCCGACAAAGAAUCCGUGAUUAUCGGAAUUUCGCAAGAAUUUCCUGUGCACUGUUACGCCUUUCUGUUACGACGAUCACGCUUCGUCACUACAGCGCCACAGCGCCCAAAGCCAGCGUCGAUCGCACGUAGCCGGAGGACGACCACAUCUGCUGCAUACGCAAUGAGCCUCAUCUUGGUGACUGGAAUGCCGGGAACCGGUAAGACUACGAUCAUCCGUAAGCUUAGCGAGGAGCUGCGGGCACGAGGCCUCUCUGUGGCCGGAUUUUAUACGGAGGAAGUGCGCAACAAUGGUACCGGUGGUGAGCGAUCGGGGUUCGAUGUGGUCACCUUUACCGGUCAACGUGCACCACUAGCCCGCGUCCAAACACGCCCCGCAACCACAGCUGGUAAUCCCACCGUCGGUCGCUACACCGUUUGUGUGGCCGAGUUCGAGGCACUUGCUCUUCCCACACUGGAUGAGCGGCAUCGGGCGCGUGUACUGAUCGUAGAUGAGAUCGGUAAAAUGGAACUUAAAUCACGACGAUUCAGUCAGCAAAUGGAUGCCAUUCUGAAGGAGGUGAAGACUGGAACGGUUCGCUUUAUAGCAACGGUACCACUGAAGGCGGCCGGAAUUCAACUCAUCGAGAAGCUUAGGGCCGUUUCGGGGUGCCAGGUGUUUCACGUGAAACCCUCCAACAGGGAGGACAUUUAUGCUGACCUGCUCAGUGCUUCGAUGCGACUCGUAUCUGCUUGAAAUCACGGUACAGCAACCGUUCGGUUCGAAUUAAUUCACGCGUUUGUUU